AUGGAAAAACCACUGGUGGAUCAAUUGGUCGUUGGAUAUGCCCAGGAAGUUGGAGCUUGCUUCUCAGCCUCUGGAUCGGUGACAUUGGUGCGAAGUGCGAAUAGGAAUAUUCUCGUAGACUGUGGUGAUCCGUGGAAUGGUGAAGAAAUUCUUCGGCAGCUUUCAUUGUUCGGAUUAGAAAAGAACGAUAUUCAUGUUGUUGUCAUCACCCACGGUCACAUUGACCAUUGUGGGAAUUUGUCAAUGUUCCAGAAUGCUACGGUCUAUAUGGACAGCGAUGUCGCUUCUACAGGAAGAUACACUACGUUAUCUGAGGUUUCUUACGUAAACAUUGAAAAUAGAACACAGAAACUUGAAGGCAACUCUCUGACACUCGCUCCAGCCGUGGAGCUUCGCCGCUGUCCAGGUCACACUGAUCAUGAUCUCAUAGUGAUUGUCAGCAACACUGAACGUGGAAGGAUUGUUAUUUCAGGAGACAUUUUUGAGUGUGCGAAUGACGAUACUCAGUGGAAAGAAGUUUCUCGAUAUCCUGAUUUGCAAGAGAAAAGCCGCUCAGAAAUCGAAGAACUUGCUGAUUGGAUCGUUCCUGGUCAUGGUCCUAUGUUCAAGAACGAGAAGCAUCGUUGA